GGUCGGCCAGAGGCAGCGCCAAGAGUUCUGAGGUGAAGGGCGUCAAGAAGGGCGUCUUGAAACGUAAGCCCGGCCAGCCCAUGAGGCUUUCACAGGCUUUUCGCGCGGCAGCAAAGCAAGGUAUCAAGCUCCUGGGCUCCGUCAAGUGCAUGCGCAAGUCCUGCUCCACAACGCCAGACAAGGUCGAGAAGUGGGGCGCUUACGAAGAGAGUAAAGCCAAGGAUGGGACCUGGCUCUCGAAACCCACAGGGCCCAUCUGCGGAGACUGCCAAGACCACUGCUGGUUUGGGUACGAGAACGUAGGUACACCGCAGGAAGUGCUCCAGAAGUGCAACGGUGAUAAGGACUUCGGCACUGACUUCUCCAUUUCGCUUCGCUUGAGGAAGAAACGCCUGCAGCUUUUCUACCCGUCCAACGUGCGCCGCAGUGAGAAGCGUUCCUUCAAGGCCAUCUCGCGGUAUCGAGGUCUCCGCCCAACCGAGUUCGAACGGAUCUUCAAGAAAUCCCCCGUCGAGGCGGGUCGUAAACUUCAGGACUUGCUUGACCCCCACACGAACGAGAAGUGCAAGGGCGUGCUGCUGAAGGACAGCACGCAGAUCGACCCGUCUAUUGGCAUCGAGUACGAGAUGAGCGUUGAAAUCGAGACGAGCGAGACAGAGUUCAAGCUCCACCAUUCGCAGCAGCGGCGCCAGGCCCAGGCUCGCGAGUACUUCGAUGAGAUGAAUCGCCCAUCAGGCCUCGAGUGCGAUGAGGCCAGGAAGCUCCGCCUUUGCUCCGACACGCACGAGGAUAUCAAGGCCCACAUCGAGGCUGGAGGAGUCGAAGUGCCUGCAGAGGAAGAUGAGGACCUUGCAGGAGAUGAUGACCAACAGGAUGAGGAUGAUGCGGUUCCUGGCGCCGCCAAGAGCGAGGCUGGCGGCGAGGGGUCCAUCGCGCAGUCGCCUGCGAUCAGGGGCUUCUCGAACCAGCUCGUGGUAGACAACGUCACGAUUUACACGGUGAAGAAGGUUCACAUGGCGCUUGGCGCCGAGCAGCUGCAGGCGUUUGACGACGCCGCGUCGGAAACUGGUUUAGGACAAAAGGCGGACAGUGCAACCGCGCGGAUCGACGGCAUCAACCUCACCGUGAUUGCAGCAGGUGCAAAGCGUUUCGGGCACAGGCGCGUCAGGAUGGAGAAGCUGCGCGACGAGAUGUCGAACAGCGACAACAAGAACAAGCGGAUUGAUGUUGCUCGCUUCACUAAGCGGCUGGAGCUCGCAGAUAUCGCCGAGGAUUGCUCCAAGGUGGAAAACAUCAUGGCCUGGGAGAAGCAAGUCCUAGAGAAGAAGAUUCAAGAUUUGGUGGCUGCGGACAUGAACUUCCCUGCGACGUUGGCUGCGAACCUGGUGGCCAGGGAGCUGCGGGAGAUCGGCGAGCAGGUCGUCACGGAUGGGGUCAACUUCGAGGACUUUUUCCGCGUCGGCUUGCCGUGGGACGUCUCGGCGGUGGAUGCGGAGGACCAGCCCAUCGACCAAGACUCGGAGUUCAACCCUCUGCACCCUAUGGCAUUCAUGAUCCCGUCCGAGACGGGAGUCGUUAUUACGAACUUCGAGAAGUGGUGUUUCACUUAUUUCAUCGCGCCGAUUGCGCGUGCCACCGACAACAACACCCAGCAGAAGAUGAUGGACAUUCUUGCAGAAGGAGAAGAGCACAUGUUGAACCAGCCCUCAGAUACCGAUGAGGCUAUCGUGAACUCUAUUUCUGAAGUGGUGAAAUCUUCGCGCGCGAUUCGGAGCCUCUUGGCCCCGCAGAAUGCAAUGCUGGCCAAGGCGCUCGAGGCAGUCUCGGCGGCCACGGCAACAGAUACUUCAGGAGGAACUUGGCAGGGCGUCGCCUACAACACCUGGGCUCUGCUGAAGGACCUGCCGUACUUCAAAGUUUACAUCGUCUCUUUCCGUAUGACCAGGGCCACGCACGCUGACAGCGCGUUGAAGAUGGCAGAGCACCUGGUCAAUAUCAAUUUGUGCCCCACCGAAGCCGGCAAGGUCGAGGGGCACGCGAGGGCCUUGGCGGAUUUCUCCACCAUCAAGAAAAACACGCGCGCAGGGGCGCAACUUCUGAGCAGCGUGCAGACGGGCGAGUCGCAGGAGUACAACCUCAACAGCGCCCCAUCUUUGCAGGGCACGAUGCACGUCGUGGAUACUUUCAGGCUGUUCUUCGAUGCCUUGCGGAAAUCGGGGUUGAAGAUGAAGGCGUCUUGGGAUGCAGCCGCAGAGAUGACGCACGAUAUUGGGGCACGCGCUGGCGCAGCGAUGUCCCGUGAGAUAUUGAAGCCGUUCAUGAACAAGGUAAAGGGUAGUGAUAUUGUCAACGAUGAGGAGAAGCUCGACGAGUUGGUGGCGAAACUGCUAUCCGUUCUCACGUCCUCCGACGUGUCCGACCUCUACAGCGAAGAGCUCUCCAAAGAUGUCAAGCGUGUCAUCCAAGAGAUCAUCAGCGCCGUUACGUUCGAGGUGAAGCCAGGUACUAUGACGUGCAAGGGGGCCCAGUUACCCUCGGUGAUUGACAAGCUGUCGGAGUUCGUACCGAAGAGCGGCGAGGAGAAGGCAGAGUGGCACUGGGUAUCUAAGUUUGCCGAUGAUAUGGUGCAGUUGGUAUCCAAGAAGGCGGAGAUCAUCGACGCGGGUGGUAACGUGGCGGACAGGAUGAAGGACGACCGCUGCCAGGAGCUACUUCAGUCCGUCGCAGGAAUGGCCAAAACAUUGACGGCAUUGAAGGUAAAGGUUGGGAGCCAAAGCGAAGUCAGUUUGCCUGCUGUUAGCGAUAAGCACCUCGAGGACACGAAGCAGUUCGUGGCUGACCAUGCACCGUGCUUGUACAACUCCAUGAAGGAGACGAUUGCUACGUUUGUCGACGCCCCGUACGACAAGAACUCGCCGCCCUCGGAGAGUGUCAAAAUGGUGGCUCGUGGUAUCCUGCUGGAGCCCAGCCACGAGAAGUGGAGUGACGCACUCAAGACGGGCACCCUCGAGGAGAUCAUCGCCAUUGCGAAGAAGUCGCUCAUAGUACUUAAGGUGGACUCAUACAACAAGGCGUGCGCUGAGUUGGGUGCGAAGUUGCAGACAUUGAAGUUCACUCGCGAGUACUACGACAGCCAGGUUGACGACGCGCUCGAGAAGGAUUACACGAAGCUCUGCGAUGGCAUGCAGCUCACUUGCAAAGAGCGCGCGCUGGCGGCGCUGCUCGUCAAGUACCACGGCCAGGACACGAAGCUCAAGACCGCGCUCAACAGGGAGAAGGGCGCCCUCAAGAAGAGCAAGCAUUGGGAGCUGGUCGAUCCCAAGCUGCAG